GAGAAAUGUAAAAAUUCUGGUUAACUACCCACGAAUACAAAAUAAACCGGAUAAGAUGUAAUGCCAAGAUGGUACUAGAAAGUUGUAAAAAAAAGCAAAAUUCAGAUUUAAAAAAAAAAAUAAUUUAAGAGUAAACUUUUUGGACAUACGACAAAAUCUGUAAAAUAAAAUCAAAAAAUGACGGCCACACAAAAACUCCGAACUUCGACGAUGGAGUGGUGCGAUCGAAACUCGAGACCCAAGUCAUCGAUACCCAAUCCCGCCGUUCGUCCGGAACCUACUAGAUGGCAAAAGCCAGGACCGAUGAGCCGGAAUGAGUGGGCCAACUUCCACAAAACUUACCAAGUAGAUACAAUGGCCUAUAACCAAAGAUUGCAGGGUGGAAAGCAAAAGCGAGAUAGCAAACCCAUUGUUGAGAAGCCUUCCUUGCCAGAAGUUAGUCCUCUAACGGAAAACCAAUAUCGUCUGAGUAUGCCACGCUGGCAGCGCCAAAAGUAUAUCCCACCGCCACCGGAACAGUUUCCCUAUCGACCACAAAUCAUCGGUCAAAGUGCUCCUCCACGUCCGGAACAUGGUAGACCAGUUCAAAGGCCAGUGGUUCCGUGCUGCUUUCAGCACGUGGAUCUCGAGAACGAGUUUUGGUCUAACUUGCGGUUUCCUGUGUCGCGGAAAGCACUCACAGCCCGUCCCAGUAAGAAGAUCUAUGAACUGGCCCGGCCACGACAAUAUCCACAGAAAUCCCACUGCCCGGUGCCCAGCAGCAACGAGGGGGAGGUGCCCAGACUUCGGAAAAUGACCCCGCGGGAGUGGCGACAUCAUCUGCAGCGACUAGAGUUCCUAGCAAAACCAAAUCCUCGGGUUUUGGCCGAUUUACUGUGCUGCUGUCACUAAAUUGGACCAAAAAGAUUACUCCUUAGGUACAGAUCACUUACGAAAUAAAGUAGAUUGACCUGUAGUUAAGAAUU